CAUUACACCUGCAAUUCUGUUUAAUAUGACUGGUGGUGUAUCUAUUUGUACAAUCGAUUGUACUUUAUUUCGAGAUACUGAAACCUGAAUUUGUCAUCGACCGACGGAAGAUUGCUCAUUUCAACUAGAUUCUCGUCUUCUAUGUCACAAUGUUUGAUUGAGGAUGUGAGUUGGUGAGUCUUGGUGAUAUAGAAGUGGAACUGACGCUCAUUCUGUACCAAGUGACCCCCAGUUGAUCCCAGUUGACCUCCAAGUUGACCCCUCCAUCAUGAGGAUCCUACCAUCAAUGAGUUUAUCUGCUGCAGUCUUCAACUGCAUCAUUAUAAUAAGCAUUCAAUGUGUUGUUGGACAGGGUUCGUAUUCUGUGCGACUUGUUGGAGGAAGCUCUAGCUCAGAAGGCCGUGUUGAGGUGUAUGUAAACAAUGCAUGGGGAACAGUGUGUGAUGAUUAUUGGGACAUCGAUGAUGCUACAGUGGUGUGUACACAACUUGGCUACACAUACGCAUCAUCAGCUGAAACGGGAGCCUACUUUGGUCAGGGUAGUGGAGACAUAGUUAUGGAUGAUGUUGCUUGUACCGGCACAGAGACCAACCUCGCCCAAUGCUCAUUUUCAACAAAUCACAACUGUGGUCACGGUGAAGAUGCUGGUGUAGUCUGCAGUGGCACCUCGGAUGUGUAUUCUGUACGACUUGUUGGAGGAAGCUAUAGCUCAGAAGGCCGUGUUGAGGUGUAUGUAAAUGGUGCAUGGGGAACAGUGUGUGAUGACUACUGGGACAUCAAUGAUGCUACAGUGGUGUGCAGACAACUUGGCUAUUCAAGUGCAGUAUCAGCCAAAUCGUCAGCCUACUUUGGUCAGGGUAGUGGAGACAUAGUUAUGGAUGAUGUUGAUUGUACCGGUUCAGAGACCAACCUUGCCCAAUGCGCAUUUUCAACAAGUCCCAACUGUGGUCAUAGUGAAGAUGCUGGUGUAAUCUGCAGUGGCACCUCGGUUGAAGAUUGGUUUGCUGUGCGACUGAAUGAUGGAAGCUAUAGCUCAGAAGGCCGUGUUGAGGUGUAUGUAAACGGUGCAUGGGGAACAGUGUGUGAUGAUGAUUGGGACAUCGAUGAUGCUACAGUGGUGUGUACACAAGUUGGCUAUACAUAUGCAGUAUCAGCUAAAACGGGAGCCUACUUUGGCCAGGGUUAUGGAGACAUAGUUAUGGAUGAUGUUGCUUGUACCGGCACAGAGACCAACCUCGCCCAAUGCACAUUUUCAACAUAUCACGACUGUAGUCACGGUGAAGAUGCUGGUGUGGUUUGCAGCAAUUUUUACGUUGGUACAGAAUAUGAUGUGCGUCUUGCGGGUGGUACUCGCAAUUCAGAAGGGCGUGUUGAGGUUCAUGCAAACGGUGCAUGGGGAACAGUGUGUGAUGACGAUUGGGGCAUCAAUGAUGCUACAGUGGUGUGUAGACAGCUUGGCUUCUCUGGUGCAACAUCAGCCAAAUCUUCAGCCUACUUCGGGCAGGGUAGCGGGGAAAUAAUUCUGGACAAUGUCGCCUGCACUGGCUCAGAGAGUAACAUUGGGUCGUGUUCAUCAAGCAGUCCUAACUGUGACCAUAGCGAAGAUGCUGGUGUCAUCUGCAUUGAUGACGAUUAUCCUGACUAUUACGGAUUAUCUGGAGCAGCUAUAGGAGGUAUUAUUGUUGGAGGUGGAAUUGGCGUAGUUGUUCUCAUCGCAGUUCUCUGUGUCUGCUGUUCACAAAAAACCACAACCCAGGCACGAGGCAAUUCAGUACAAACGCAGAACCAGUCGGUCACAGUUCAUGCAAGGUCCGGUGUGACUAACAUAGCCUACGUCGAUUCUUCAUCAGUGUACUACAAUCCAUCCCAACCGACUGUGACCUUUAACCCAACACCCCAAGGGGCGGCACCCCCUCCAUCCUACGGUGAUGUCAUUGCAAUGCCUAACAAUUACCCAAAGGUCCAAUCCAAUAAUAUAUUUACAGUUGGUGCCAUAAACCCAGGUGUUACACAACCUGCCCAAGGUGCUGUGUAUAAUCCACCACCUAGUCAGGGUACUGCCCAACCCUAUGGUGCGGUACCCCAGCGCUACCUACCACCUAGUCAGGCAGCGGCACCCUACCCACCACCACCGGGUGACACUACCACAUCUUUCUACCCAGCUCCAAAUGAGACACCUUACCCGUUACCAGUGGAAACACCUGAGCGCCUAUAAAACCAAGAGCAGCUAGGGACAAAAUAAAAACGCCAACAAAUCCUUCACCAUCUGUGCCACAUGGUUCUUUCAUGGACCAAAUCAUUUAUCUUGACGAGGUCGUGUCUUUGAUGAAAGUGGUUAUUGUCUUCAUGGAGUCAUUCACAUUUUUUAAAAGAAUUUGUUUUUAAUUUUCCAGUUGGGUGGUAGGGGAAUAUCCAUGUCAGUUUUGUGUUGUGAACAGAAAUUCAAAUUAUAAGGAUCUAUGUAUUUGUCAUGUAAGACAAAUACUUAAUUCUUUCUGUAGUGCUUUGUCACAGAAUAGCCCAGAUUUCACCCUUUGAUUACAUUCUGUGACAUUGCACUCACAUGCAUUGAAUAUUUGUAUAAUAUAGGAGUCCUAUAAUAAAUGUUCAAGGCAUCCUGCAUUCGGCCAGUGAAUCAUGGCAGGAUAACGUAUGACGCAUCCACAAAUCAUUGACAAUGAUCUAUGCCUUGAGUGUUCACUGGUGGAUAACAAAUGUCAUGUUGUAUAUUCCAUGUUGGAAAAAUAAUGUGUGAAUGAGUAAAUUUUAAAGGAACAUGUUGCCUUGGAUCGGUCGAGUUGGUCUUUGAAAAGCGUUUGUAACCGUUUGUUAUACAA